UUCUGUUGGUUAGAAGUGAGUUGCUGGGUCUAGGAGAGGGGAUUACUGGGGACCAUCUCGGUGACUGCCUACCAUGCCUGGGCACAGGAAUGUGCUUUGUUCCGCAGGAGGAUAGAGCCUCGUGCAUCAGGAGUUUUGAGAGUCCUGAUGUCCUUUGGGCUCAGCGUCACUCCCCUUCUUUCCCUAUCUCCUCCCUCCCCUACAUUGCUCUAUAGACGGCUUGGGUCUAGCAGGCGCUGACAGGCUGGGGCCACUCAAUUUCGCAGGAGGACGCAGCAGCCGGACCAGGGCAGUGGCUGGGUGACAGUUAAGAUGGGAGGUGUUUCCUGCUUUGCCUAUGACCCUUUGCCUGUCUCACUUUCAUCUGUUUUCAUUCCGUCUGACCACUCUUGAGUCUGGGGGUGGCCUCUGCUCUCUUUCUGAUUUCGAUGAAUGAAGAGGCUUGUCCAGCCACGGGACCUGAGAGGUCACAGGAGGCCCAGGCCACACCAUUGUUUGAGACUUCUUGUAAAUUAAAACUGAACAAACUCCCAAACAGGAGUCAGAAAUUGUAGCAUACUAUAAGGGUUUUAGUUUAACAAACGGACAUCUUUAACAUCCUGGGAAACAUGAGGCACUGUAACUGUGCUUUUCACAAGGCAUGAUGGGGUUUGCAAAGGAUGUUAGUGUGCAGGCCAGGAGGGGAUGGGUGGAUGUGGUCAAAGCCAGGCCACCACUGGAUCAAAGAUUUGUGACUGUGUCACCUUUCAUGUUUUCGGAGGGUUCCUCUGCACCUGCCUGUACAACCUUCUUUAGAGAUUCCAUUAAGUGCUUUCAAAGGUGAACUCACAAGGCUUUGUCCUCUCUCUGGUUUUAAUAAGGUGGAAAGGAUCAUCUAGCCAGGGCUCCUCAAGGGUUAGGAGAGGUGCAGGCCACUGACAAUUUAAAAAUGGAAGAUGCCAAAACAGGCAUAGGCUUAACCCAGGUCAUCCUCAAAACAACCUAAAGGGACUGGGCAUAGUCACUCACACCUGUAAUCCCAGCACUUUGGGAGGCCGAGACAGUUGGAUUACUUGAGCUCAGGAGUUUGAGACCAACCUGGCCAACAUGCUGAAACCCUGUCUCUACGAAAAACUACAAAAAUUAGCCAAGUGUGGUGGCGUGUGCCUGUAGUCCCAAUUACGUGGGUGGCUGAGGUGGGAGGAUCACCUGAGCCCAGGAAGUUGAGGCUGCAGUGAGCCGAGCUCACACCACUGUACUCCAGCCAGGGCUACAGAGCAAGAUCCUCUCUCAAAAAACAAACAAAACCAACCUAAAGAUGAGCUUUGAGAAAGGCCAAGGCGUGCUCAUUGGGAAUUGGACUGGGGACUACGAAGGUGGCACAGCCCCAUACAAGUGGACAGGCAGUGCCCCGAUCCUGCAGCAGUACUACAACACGAAGCAGGCUGUGUGCUUUGGCCAGUGCUGGGUAUUUGCUGGGAUCCUGACUACAGUGCUGAGAGCAUUGGGCAUCCCAGCACGCAGUGUGACAGCCUUUGAUUCAGCUCAUGACACAGAAAGGAACCUCACGGUGGACACCUAUGUCAAUGAGAAUGGCGAGAAAAUCACCAAUAUGACCCACGACUCUGUCUGGAAUUUCCAUGUGUGGACGGAUGCCUGGAUGAAGCGACCGGAUCUGCCCAAGGGCUAUGACGGCUGGCAGGCUGUGGACGCAACACCGCAGGAGCGCAGCCAGGGUGUCUUCUGCUGUGGGCCAUCGCCACUGACUGCCAUCCGCAAAGGCGACAUCUUUAUUGUCUAUGACACCAGAUUCGUCUUCUCAGAAGUGAAUGGUGACAGGCUCAUCUGGCUGGUGAAGAUGGUGAAUGGGCAGGAGGAGUUACACAUAAUUUCAAUGGAGACCACAAGCAUCGGGAAAAACAUCAGCACCAAGGCAGUGGGCCAAGACAGGCGGAGAGAUAUCACCUACGAGUACAAGUAUUCAGAAGGCUCCUCUGAGGAGAGGCAGGUCAUGGAUCAUGCCUUCCUCCUUCUCAGUUCUGAGAGGGAGCACAGACGACCUGUAAAAGAGAACUUUCUGCACAUGUCGGUACAGUCAGAUGAUGUGCUGCUGGGAAACCCUGUUAAUUUCACUGUGAUUCUCAAAAGGAAGACCGCUGCCCUACAGAAUGUCAACAUCUCGGGCUCCUUUGAACUACAGUUGUACACUGGCAAGAAGGUGGCAAAACUGUGUGACCUCAAUAAGACCUCGCAGAUCCAAGGUCAAGUAUCAGAAGUGACUCUGACCUUGGACUCCAAGACCUACAUCAACAGCCUGGCUAUAUUAGAUGAUGAACCAGUUAUCAGAGGUUUCAUCAUUGCGGAAAUUGUGGAGUCUAACGAAAUCAUGGCCUCUGAAGUAUUCACGUCUUUUCAGUACCCUGAGUUCUCUAUAGAGUUGCCUAACACAGGCAGAAUUGGCCAGCUACUUGUCUGCAAUUGUAUCUUCAAGAAUACCCUGGCCAUCCCUUUGACUGACGUCAAGUUCUCUUUGGAAAGCCUGGGCAUCUCCUCACUACAGACCUCUGACCAUGGGACGGUGCAGCCUGGUGAGACCAUCCAAUCCCAAAUAAAAUGCACCCCAAUAAAAACUGGACCCAAGAAAUUUAUCGUCAAGUUAAGUUCCAAACAAGUGAAAGAGAUUAAUGCUCAGAAGAUUGUUCUCAUCACCAAGUAGCCUUGUCUGAUGCUGAGGAGCCUUAGUUGAGAUUUCAGCAUUUCCUACUUUGUGCUUAGCUUUCAGAUUAUGGAUGAUUAAAUUUGAUGACUUAUAUGAGGGCAGAUUCAAGAGCCAGCAGGUCAAAAAGGCCAACACAACCAUAAGCAGCCAGACCCACAAGGCCAGGUCCUGUGCUAUCACAGGGUCACCUCUUUUACAGUUAGAAACACCAGCCUAGGCCACAGAAUCCCAUCCCUUUCCUGAGUCAUGGCCUCAAAAAUCAGGGCCACCAUUGUCUCAAUUCAAAUCCAUAGACUUCAAAGCCACAGAUUCUCUCCCUGGAGCAGCAGACUAUGGGCAGCCCAGCCCUGCCACCUGCUGACGACCCUUGAGAAGCUGCCAUAUCUUCAGGCCAUGGGUUCGCCAGCCCUGAAGGCACCUGUCAACUGGAGUGCUCUCUCAGCACUGGGAUGGGCCUGCUAGAAGUGCAUUUGCCUCCUAUUGCCUCCAUUCUCCUCUCUCUAUCCCUGAAAUGCAGGAAGUCCCUCUCCUGGUGCUCCAAGCAGUUUGAAGCCCAAUCUGCAAGGACAUUUCUCAAGGGCCAUGUGGUUUUGCAGUCACCCCUGUCCUCAGGCCUGAACUCACCAUACAGACCCAUGUCACCAAACAGUGACCAGCAAAUCCUCUUCCCUUAUUUUAACUGCUGCCCCUUAGGAGACUCCAGGCAGAAGGCAUUGCUUCCUCCCUGGUGUGAACUCUUUGGUAUUCCAUCCACCAUCCUGGCAACUCACUCAAGGCUGCUUCUGUUAACUGAAGCCUGCUCCUUCUUGUUCUGCCCUCCAGAGAUUUGCUCAAAUGAUCAAUAUGCUUUACAUUAAACUCUACUUC